AUGAACAACUCCUCUCAGCAGGAAAAAAUAUACAAAAAACUGGAUAAAAAACCCGGUUUUCUUCUAGAAUUUAUCUUAAAUCACACGGAAUUUACAUCUUCUCGGCUUCCAUCUCUUUAUUCAGAUUUUUUUCCGCUUAAAAACACUAAUUUUGAAGGUUAUCAAGCAAAUAUUAAUGCAUGGAAAGCCGUAUUAGAGGAGGCAAUAUGGACAGGAAGAAUAGACUGGACAGAUGAUUAUCUUGUUAUUCAUUUUAACAAUUGUCUACUUGUUUCUCUAUAUUCACCGAAAUAUGGUAUACCAUUGGGUAUUAGGGAAACUAUGGAGUAUUGUUUGGAAAAAGGGGAAUGGAUUCGCCUGGAAGAUUUUUUUAGACAAAAAGAAGGGAUGUAUUCAAGUGCGAUAUCAUAUGUGUCGAAUUUUGUUGCAUGGAGUUUAGGAGGGAUUGGAAGAAAUAUAUUUAAAAAAACAGAGUUAGAUACAAGCUGUGUAAUUCUGGAGAAUGUUGAGAGAGCGGCGAAUGCGUUUCUUGGAGUGGUACAAAAUAGAAUUGUGUAUAGUGAACAUAUUUAUUCGUUUGAUGAACUGGUUAUAUGUUUUUGCAGUAAAAUAAUUAGUUGUUGUAUUUUUUCAGAGCUGGAUAUGAAGAUAAUAGUAUAUUAUUUAUCGAAAAAUAAAAAAGAGGUCUGUAUAAGCGAAGAUGGCCAAAUUAUUAAACUAAGACGCAAAAGUGAUAAUCGAGUGUUAAAUAUUACAGAGACAGAUUAUCUUAUUUCUAAUUUGAAGAUGAUUUUAUAUCGUUUGCAACGAUUGACGCAAACACUUACAGAAAAUAUUGCACAAUUAGAUGAAUCAAUCAAGAUUGCAAUUCAGUCGAAAAAUAAAACACUUGCAUUGUUCCAAUUGCGUUCUAAGAAAGCUUCAGAAUUGACGUUAAACAAAAGACUUCAAUAUCUAGAACAAGUGAAAGAAAUCCUGUCAAAAAUUGAUGAAGCCGUGAUUCAUUUGGAUAUUCUGAAUUCAAUGAAAGCAGGAGUGGAAGUAUUAGAAAACCUGGUAAAAGAAACAGCAGGUAUUGAAAAUGUCAAUGACAUUAUGGAGAAAUUCAAGGAAUUGUCAUAUGAAGUCGAUGAUAUUGGAGAUACAAUAGGCACUACGAAUUUAAAUAAUAUUUCUGACGUAGAAAUUGAACAAGAGUUUGAAAAAUUAUGCAAUACCUUGAAAAACGAAGAAGUUGAAAAGUUAAAAAAAGAUGUAGAAAUAGAAAGGAUUAAUAAUAUGUUUGCAAAUAUGGAAUUAACGGUACCAUCGUCAAUACCCAAUAUUACCAACAAACGCCUUAAAGAGGCACAAUUAUCUGAAUGA